AGUACGCAGUUGGUAUCAGUGAAAAUCGCAGCCAAUAAACGGGAUACAAAAUGGCAAGGAAAUACAGCGUCAAGUUAAGUGAUACAGUCCAUCGGAUGAUAACAAUUUAUUUCGUUUUGGGAUUGUGGACAACUCAAUCCGGCCACAGGACCAUUUCCGUAUCACAGCUUUUCUAUUUUGUUUCCUUUUGUUUAUUCGGUGUAUCAGUGAUCAUAGAGGCCUGCACAACUGAAAACAAUGACGACUGCAUAUUUCUGGUGGUUACCAAUCUUAUCUGCCUCGUACAAGUCGGUCGACUCUACAACAUUAUUUGGAAGCAAAAUAGAAUUCUUGACUUGAUACGUACAGCUAGUGCUAACGGCACGGACGAUUACGAUACAUUUUGCAUCGUUAGUGCCAAACUCAACAAGCUAAUGUCCCUGGCCACGUACUUCAUUUUUGCCACACUCUUUUUGCUGGUCGUUGUCGUAGGUUUACCAUUCAUCAAAAAGGAGUUAAUAUUCGACAUCGCAUUCCCCUUGGACUACAAAAAUAGUGAGAGUGGAUUCUAUGUGGCUUAUACAUUUGUUGCCGGGAUUUUCCUCUUGUCCAUAACUUGUAUCUUGUUUGCCAGUAUGUUGUGGUUUAUCAUGUUGAAUUUUGUGGUCAAGUACGAGAUACUGGGAAACGAUUUUAAGAAUUUGGGUGUAUCGGGAACGGAAGAAGAUGAGCAGAAAAAUACUCAAACUCUGUACCUUCAACAUUUGGUUGAGUCGAUUAAAAGUCUGGAAAAUAUCAAUGGACUUCUUGAGGAUUUUUCAUCGAAUUUUUCUUACUUGUUCCUACUUCAAAUUGUGACAAGUAGCAUCUGCAUCUGUGGCGGGGUCUACACUUUGGCAUUCAGCUCUCAUGCUAAUCUCGUUCAAGACGGAUUUUACUUCACGGUUCUAUUCUACUGCUUCUUCGAUACGUUUACUCUCCUUUACUUGGGAAACGAAAUAAUGUUAGCAUCGGACAGAUUGUCUUACUGUCUUUUCGAAUCGGAAUGGAUGGAACAGACGCAAUCGUGCAAAAAGUACUUUCUCAUUGUCGUCGAACGUUUGAAGCAGCCACAGCAGCUGGUAGUCGGUAAACUGUUCCCAAUGAAUUUGCGAACAUUUACUGCGAUUGUAAAUCGUGCCUACAGCUUGUUCAAUGUUUUGCAAAACUUUCGAGAGUGAUGAUGAUGAGGAUGAUGAGUAUCGACCAUCAUAUAAGUUUGUUUUAUGAAAAUUUAAUCAAAAUAGUUCUGACUACACUAUUCACUUACCACUGACACAAAGUC